AAAGAUGGGAACUCAACAGAGAAACCCUAAACCUAAUAGCCAUUAUCAGCUUAAUCCCAACUGGACUCAGCUCCAACAAAAGCUGAAACUCCAUGGCUCAAGGCCUUCACAAAAAUCCUCAAACGGUGCAGAGCCCCAAACCCCGAAAACCAUUUUAGGUAAGCGCAAAGAGAGACCCGAUGCAGAGCCUGAUGCUUCUCAGCGCAACAUUCUUAUUCCAACCAAUACUGAUUCGAGUCUGACGGAUGCAGUAGCUAUAGAUUGCGAAAUGGUUGGUGUUGGUUCUGAAGGAAAUAAAAGUGCUCUUGGCCGAGUGACAUUGGUUAAUAAGUGGGGAAAUGUUAUAUAUGAUGAGUAUGUUCGCCCAGUUGAAUGGGUUGUUGAUUUCCGUACAGAAAUUAGUGGAAUCCGACCCCGUGACUUGAAAAAAGCUAAAGAUUUCCAGACUGUUCAGAGGCAAGUGGCAGAGUUGAUUAAAGGAAGACUUCUUGUUGGUCAUGCGUUACGUAAUGAUCUUAAGGCUCUGCUAUUAAGUCAUCCAAAGGUGGACAUGCGAGAUACAUCUGAGUGUGAACUCUUUUUAAAGGAAGAACGCAGGAGGGUGGCCCUUCGACAUCUUGCAGCUGAGUUUCUUGGCGUUAAGAUCCAGAAUGGAGAGCACUGCCCUGUAGAAGAUGCCCGCGCUGCAAUGCUGCUUUAUCAGAGAAACAGAAAACAAUGGGAGAAGAAUAUCAAAGAUCAGAUUAGGAUGAGGCAAAAGCAGAAGAAACGGAAGCAGAAAAAGAAACCAAAGAGGAGAGAUGCUUCAGAUGUUAACCAUGCUGCAACAGCUUCUUAACUUGGACUCUUCAUCUGCAAGUUCCAUGAAUGUUAUUUGGAGAUCGCCCAUGAGUUUCCAUUAAUCCAAAGAAAGCAAGCAGCGGAAGCAGCAUCCACAACUAUUAUUCUCAGCUAAACUUCACGCUACUGCUGCAAUUAUUUAUCCUAAACAUGAGUUAUCACCAAAAACAUAUUUUAGUCUGAUACACAAGGGGAAAUCAUUGUUUCAUCAUCAUGGGUGUGAAGCAUUUUGUGGCCACCUUCUGGUAAAACUCUGAAAUUCUUCAUUGAUCAUCGGUUUCAAGCUGCCCUUUGACUGCCACUCUUCCCAUGAACGCCUGGAUUGAAAUGUUUUAUCCACAUUGAGCUUUUAGGGUUUAGGUGUAUGUCAUCAGUUUGUUAUAAGUGACAGGUUUUUUUACUGGGUUUGAUGUUGUGAAAGUCUUGCUCCAAAUCUUGAAACACCGGAUCUUCUGAUAGUAACAUUUAUGGUAAUGGGCUAUUGAGGAAGUCUUCCCAAUAUA